UGCUGGGUACUCUGCAGGCUAUAGCUGAAGCAAAAACAAUGCUGGGUACUCUGCAGGAUAUAGCUGAAGCAAAAACAAUGCUGGGUACUCUGCAGGAUAUCUUGGAAUAGCUGAACCAAUAUGACGACUGCACAAUCAAUAGUGCAACAGGUCAUAAGCGGAUGUGUGAUGUAUGCAUUGUGCGUUAACAGCAAGCAAUAUCUUCCUUUCCCCUUUCAUUAUGUCUUGGCUGUUCAGAGAGGUGUGACCAUGACGUAUACCCCUCCACUCCAGCUUAUCCGAAAAGUACACCUACCAUCCGGGACCUCUCUAUCGCUGAUGUGCUGCAGAUAGGUGCCCGUGUCCUCGCUUACGUCGUCGCCAGUGGUGGUUAUUGGGUAGUCGUCGAGCUCGACUGCUCUCCUUGCAAGCUUUGGACUCCCACCGGGGGACAUGCAGCAUGACACUGUAGCCCCCAUGAUUGAACAAUUAGCUAAAGUCCUACCACUGACUACACCCCAGAAAUCUGAAAGAACCGUCCACUCGUCUAUAACAUCAGACAGAACCUCUGUCAGUGAUGUCUGGUCUCAAAAUGACACAUUCAAUUUUAAAUACAUGAGUUGCAGCCACAUAUCGGGGUUCAUAUCUACAACACACAAUUCAAACUGAACAGUUGAAUCCCUAUCUUUUUCAGGGCGUGUGCGCAAAGGCAUGGCGAGUAGCGCAUUGAUACGUCGGCCAGAUACAGGCUUGACCACUAAACUAAUCUAAAGGCUGGCAACGUUAGGACGCCGGUUUAACCGUUAAUGGCAACACGUUAUACUCGGUUUUAAAAAGCCUAACUGAAGCUGCUAGACAGCUGAUACGUUAAAAACCAUUAAUCUGGUCUUCAUAAACCAGACGUAGUUUGCCAGCAACUAGCUGGCAAGCUAUUGCUAGCUAGCCCUACACCCGGCUAACGCUAAUCCAGGCUUCAGCUAACUGGCUACUUAUGCCGGUCCACUUGAUCUAGCUAUUCUUGCGAUGCAUUGCAGUCAGAAUAUGCCGAAUUCCUUCGUCUCAGCAAAUGUUCCAGGUAUGGCCGUUCACCGUACACAGAAAUGUAUAAUGCUCAGGUUUGAGACGACUAGCUAGCCUGCUAACAGCUGAUUCCCACUCCAGCCAAAGCCAACUAGGAAGGAACGCCCUCAAGAACGGCCCAUUUUGACGCACGUCAAUUACCAUUGGCUGUUUAUCAAGAUUAAUAAUUGUUAUUUGACAGAGAUUGGUGAACAUUGUCAUUUGACAAGUGUCAGCGCUACGAUUUUAUUAUCGCGAGAAUAUAGAUUUUUCCACUUCCUCAUAAGAAAUCGUUCAGCGUGGUAUGAAUUUCAAGCUUACUAAAAGUGAUAUAUUAUAUUACAUUUCCAUGGUCUUCUUUUGACUAUGGCGCUUGUACCAUAUGAUGGGAAUUAUUUGCCCGUGCUCUCCAAACUACAUAAUUCGUCUGCCGAGUUCCAUUUCGCUGACCACAAUGUCAGACUAACCCAGGACUGGAAUAAACUCGGAGUAGCUGCUGUCGUCUGGGAUGCAGCGGUAGUGAUGUGUAUGUACCUGGAGCUGGGGCAGGUCGAGCUGACGGGGAAGGUUGCCAUCGAGCUGGGGGCAGGCACUGGACUGGUGGGCAUCGUGGCAGCUCUUCUAGGUGCCAAAAAAGUGACCAUCACAGACCGUGAGCCUGCCUUGGGCUUCCUUGCAGCCAAUGUGAAAGAGAACAUUCCUCCGGAUCAGCUAGGAGCAGUGGAGGUCUCAGAACUGACCUGGGGCCAGGGAUUGGAGCGCUAUCCCACAGGAGGCUUUGACAUAGUGCUGGGAGCAGACAUUGUUUACCUGGAAGACACAUUUCCAUCAUUACUGCAAACGAUGGAACACCUCAGCUCAGAGAGUAGUGUAGUGCUACUGGCCUGCAAGAUCCGCUACGAGCGAGACACUAACUUCCUGAGCAUGCUGAAGCAGCGCUUCACAGUACACGAGGUGCACUAUGACAAGGAAAGAGACAUUCACAUCUACAAGGCUGUGAAGCUUCCAGCAAGGAGAGAUCUGUAGGAACCCGUGACUGAUGGGGAAUGUGAGGGGUUUGAAUCACAGUGGAUGGAUCAAUGUGCUGUCAAUCAUUGAUGGUUCAGGGAGCUACUACUUAUGAAUGGACAGCCAGUGAGAUGGUUCAUGGAGAAUGGUUUUGUUUCAUGCAGGGUUGUGUCCAGUAGGGAGAAAAUAUGGAGCUACAACCCAGCUACUAUGGGUGAUUGUAAUUGUCUUAAUUUCAUUCAUCCUUUUUUGAUAAAAAUGGAUUUGAAAACAAAUUAAGACAUCUGAAAAAUACCAGAAACACAUUUAUUAACAGCUGCCAAAAACAAAUAGUAGAAUCUGUAAUAUAAUUGUUUUGCUUUUUUCAUACAAGUGAAUGCUGACAUUAAGAAAUACAAUGUUUACAAAAUAUGAACAGAAAUGGCAAGUGUUUUAAAAAUAAGAUGCAUAUAUGUUAUUUAUGACAGAUGGCUACGUAAAAACAAAAUAAUACAAUAUGGCAUUCCGUUAUCCAAUCAAACAGAAGACCGGGUUCAGUGAGCAAAUGUUAUGGAACAUUGCAGAUAGAAAUAUAGUGAAUAGAGCUGA